AUGGAUGAGGAGGGCUUUGACAUUUAUGGGGAUGAUUUGACCGGGGGUGCUGAUUCGAAAGCAGCUGACAACGAGGAUGACCUUUUGUACGGCGAUCUGAGCGACGCGGGUGCCGCCGCGAGUGGCAAGGAAACGCAGACUGAGGCACAAGAUCAAGACAAAGGCGAAGGAGCGGGCGAAGAAGAUCUCGAGCUCAACCUCUACGAAGUCGGUGACAAGGAAGACGAAGACGACAGCAGGAGCAGCAGCGGCAGGCGCGGACUCGAGCGCGAACGGUAUCCCGCUGGCGGCGAUAGGCCACAGCAGAACAAGGAAAGGAUGUAA